GAAAGAGGAGGGGUGAUAAAGUGACCAAAAACACUGUUAGCAUAGAGAGUAGCUUCAUUCAGAAAUGGCAAGCACAGAAACUGUUUACUUAAGGAAAAAAGUGAAUCUCCUAGGAGCUGUGUGCCUUAUUGUAGGCACAGUGGUGGGAAGCGGGAUUUUCAUUGCUCCAAAAGGUGUCUUGAAAAACUCUGGCAAUGUGGGCCUGUCUCUUGUCGUCUGGUUUGCCACAGGAAUUUUCUCCACAUUUGGAGCGCUCUGCUAUGCUGAGUUAGGUACAAGCAUUAAGAAGUCUGGUGGGCAUUACAUUUAUCUAUUAGAAACCUUGGGACCCUUGCCAGCAUUUCUUCGCCUCUGGGCAGAAUUUAUCAUGAUCCGGCCUGCUGUCUCAUCUGUGGUGUCUUUGGCAUUUGGCCGGUACAUUGUUGAACCUUUCUUCAACCCCUGUCCAGCACCCGAAGUACUCGUUAAAAUGCUCAGCAUAAUGGGAUUCUCCUUUGUUGUUGCUGUAAACUGCUGGAGUGUGAACUGGACCUCACGAUUACAAAUACUGCUGACAUCCAUCAAGCUGGGGGCCUUGGUUUUAAUUAUUGUGCCAGGAAUGAUCAAGCUUUCUUCAGGGCAAACUGAAAAUUUCCACAAAGCCUUUGACACCAGUUCCCUGACACUGGACAAGUUACCUUUGGCUGUUUAUGCAGGACUCUAUGCCUACGCAGGAUGGUUUUAUUUGAAUUUUGUUACUGAAGAAGUCAUCAAUCCCAAAAGAAACAUCCCUCUUUCGAUUAUAUUGUCCAUGGUAACAGUGACGAUUGCUUAUGUGUUGACGAACAUUUCAUACUACACAGUGAUGACUUCUCAAGAUGUUUUGGAAUCAAAUGCUGUGGCUGUGACUUUUGCUGACAGGGCACUCCAAGGUUUCUCCUCUGUCAUUCCUAUCCUUGUCGCUAUGUCCUGUUUGGGAGCUGUGAUGGGAGGCUACUUUGCUGGUCCCAGGAUGCUGUUUUCUGGCUCCAGGGAGGGACAGUGGCCCGUUCUCUUUGCCAUGAUUCACAUUCGAAGGCACACUCCUCUGCCGGCACUGCUUCUAAUGUACCCCAUGGUGGUCUUCAUGAUCUUGGCUGGUGAACUCUUUGGACUUGUAAAUUUUUACAGCUUUGCUCGAUGGUUGUUUAUUGGCUUGACUACUAUGGGCCUCAUGGUUCAUCGAUAUCGAAAUCCCGAUCUUCCACGUCCUUUUAAGGUAUAUCUAUUCGUCCCUGCUGUAUUCACCGUUGUAUGCUUUUUCAUUGUGGGGAUGUCCCUUUACUCUGAUCCAGUCAACACAGGCAUCAGCUUUGCCCUCACUCUGACUGGUAUCCCAGUUUAUUUCCUUGUGGUUAAGAAGCAGAGACUACCUUUAUGCGUCAUCAGAGCUUUUCACAUCCUCACUAAGAAGCUACAGAUUCUCUUGGAAGUGAUGCCACAGGAGGUGCAAACCUACUAAAUCUUGAGCUGAUCAAAACUUUACUUUCAAAACUGAAAUGGGCUUUAAAUAAUACUGUUGGUGUACCAUACAUUCCACAAGAUUUUAUUUUAAAUUUUUAAACAUGCUUUUAAGUAUUAAUGACAAUCACUGUGAAGUAAAAAAUACAAAGAAAAUAUAGCUGACUAAAUUGUGCAGACAGCACACCUUAAGGAGUGACAUUGUAUUUUUGUUAAACAUUCACUGAAAACCAAUAAAUCAAAUUUUCUAAAUGAGAAUAAAAGUAAUUGUGGACCAUGAACCAAUUUCUGCAUUACUCCAUCCCUCCAUCCUCCCAUUCCAUAGAUGAGGCACAGUGCCAAAUGAAUGCUGAGAAUGCAAUUCAGCUCCAUAUACAUAUUGUCAAACACGGUAGCUUUGUGAGCGUCUCACCGGGACUAGUUUAAAUGUGAAGCAGGGGACUGGGGAGAAGGUUAAACUGCCUAAAAUAAGGACUUCCAUUCCCAUUCCCAGGAGAGAUGAGGUCCCACCCAGAGACACCUGACCUCACCUCUGGCCCUCACUGACUCCACCCUUUCAACUCCCUUAAGGACUUCUUCAUAUGGACAAGAGCAAUGCUGAGGGAUCCAGGUCUGAUAGCGCAGCCUUUACCCCUUUCUUUCCUGAGACUUAAGUGUCUUUGCAUAAUACUGCACAACGGGGAAAUCCUGAAGGACUGGAAAAUGGCAAAUAUUUUCCCAUUAUAUAACAAAGGCGAUCAGGCAGAUUCAGGCAACUACUGUAUAGGCCAGUAAGCUUAAAUUAAUGGAAGGAAUGAUGAAUUAUUACACCCAAAGCUGUACAUUUUCUUGUCUCAUUCUUACAAUAUGAUUACAAACAUUUUCUAUUGUGACUUUAAACAAUAGUUAAGUGAGAUCCAAAAUUACAGACAGUUACCUCUAUAGUGUAUAAAUCUCCACUUCAACAUCAACCCCUAACCUCACUAAAUAGCUUACCUUAAUACUAGAAGUAUCAAAAAUAAAACAAGUGAGUUGUUUUAUAUAUAUAGUAUAUA